GUCUUAAGUUAGUUGGAUUUAAUGAGCAAGGAUUACACUCGGUUCAGGAUUAUAUCAAGGCCUUAACACUUAUUUUAUCUAUCAACAAUAAAACACAACAUUUGGACAACUGUGCUGCGCCGCUUAUUGCUGAUUGGCCCGGCCAAUUAUUU